GUGAGUGACAGACGCUGUAGCUGUAGUGGGGGAAGGGGUCGCCGGCUGAAGUUGACGGAACCGCCAUCUUGAAAAGUGCCCUCCGAUGGUCUACCUUUUCGCGCCUGUCAGAAUCAGUUUUAAAAGCUUUAUUUUCCUUUACGGAAUUUUGUGUUUUUUCAGUGUUCGUUUUGUUAAGGCCUGGGGCUAAUGGCAAGAUAAGCUACAUGCUGGAGACUCGCCGUUUACCGCUGUCUAUCGGUGUGUGCUGUUGAACUGCUGUAUGUGUGCUGUUUGUCAGUCUGUCCAUCACCGCUGUCUGCCUGCCUGUUUGUCCAGCUGGCUAGCCUGGAAUGGGCCACAACUCCCAAAGACUAGAACACACCUCUUUUUAACCUGAGCUCCGCCGUCUGGACUCUAACACUCACAGAGCCAAGAUGUUUUGGAAAUUUGACCUCCACACCACAUCCCACAUUGACACACUGUUGGAGAAGGAGGAUGUGACGCUGACAGAGGUGAUGGAUGAGGACGAUGUCCUGCAGGAAUGCAAGGCCCAGAACCACAAACUGGUUGACUUCCUGCUGAAACCACAGUGCAUGGAGGACCUGGUCACCUUCAUCACACUGGAACCCAGUACUGAUGUUGAGGAAAAAGUUAAAUACAAGUAUCCCAACAUAUCAUGUGAGCUGCUUACAUCAGAUGUGGGCCAGAUCAAUGACAGACUGGGAGAAGAUGAAAAACUGCUGAUGAAACUGUAUGGCUUCCUCCAGAAUGAGCCGCCUCUCAACCCACUCCUGGCCAGCUUCUUCUCCAAGGUGCUGUCCAUUCUUAUAGGACGCAAGCCUGAACAGAUAGUAGAGUUUCUGCGGAAGCAGGAGGACUUUGUAGACUUGAUGAUCAAACACAUUGGGACAUCUGCCAUCAUGGACCUGUUGCUCAGAAUGCUUACCUGUAUCGAACCACAACAGCUACGACAGGACGUACUCAACUGGCUGAAUGAGGAGAAGGUGAUUCAGAGACUGGUGGACAUGGUACAACCAUCUCAAGAUGAGGAUAGACACUCCAAUGCUUCCCAGUCACUGUGUGAGAUCAUCAGACUGAGUAGAGACCAGAUGUUCCAGGUCCAGGGCUCCUCAGAGCCCGACCCACUUCUGGCCACACUUGAAAAGCAGGAGACGGUGGAGCAGCUGCUGUCAAAUAUCUUUGACAAGGAGAAGAAUGAAUCAGCAAUUGUCAGUGUUAUCCAGAUCCUCCUCACAUUGUUUGAGACAAGGAGACCAGCGUUUGAGGGCCAUAUGGACUGCCCCCCUGGAAUGUCCCACCCUUCAUUCUCCGUCAACCACAGCAUCCUGGAGGCUGUGAGACCCCGACUCAAAGACUUUCACCAGCUGCUACUGGAACCCCCAAAGGCAAAUGUGAUGAAGACAACGUGGGGGGUGCUGGACCCUCCUGUGGGCAACACCAGGCUCAAUGUGGUCAGACUGGUUGCCAGCCUGUUGCAGAGCAACACACACAGCAUCAACACAGAACUCAUUAACCUCAACACACUGGGAGUCAUACUAGAUAUGUAUUUCAAAUACAUCUGGAACAACUUCCUUCACAUUCAAGUGGAGAUCUGCACAGCCAUGAUUCUGGCUAUGCCCCCGGCCCCCACUGACAUCAACCCAGACACAGAGCAGGAAAAUGCGAGGGAGAGCAUCCUCAUCAAACAUCUGUUUCAAAAGUGCCAGUUUAUACAGAGAAUCGUAGAAGCCUGGAGCUCUAAUGAGAAAGAACAGGCAGAAGGUGGUCGGCGACGAGGCUACAUGGGUCACCUCACCAGAAUAGCCAACUCUAUAGUUCAUAACUGUGACAAAGGCCCCAAUGGACCACAGAUACAACAGCUCAUCUCUGAGCUCCCAGCAGAGGACAGAGACAAAUGGGAGACCUUUAUUUCUGGGCAGCUGUCUGACACAAACAAGAGAAACACUAUUGACCUGGUGAACACACACCACAUCCAUUCCUCCAGCGACGAUGAAGUGGAUUUUAAAGACAGUGGCUUUCACCAGGACUCCUCUCUACAACAAGCCUUUUCUGAUUAUCAGAUGCAACAAAUGACGUCCAAUUUUAUUGAGCAGUUCGGCUUCAAUGACGAAGAGUUUGCUGAUCAGGACGAUGUUGUGGAUAUUCCCUUUGAUAGAAUAUCAGACAUCAAUUUUUCACUGAAUACAAAUGAAAGUGCAAAUAUAGCUUUGUUUGAGGCACGCUGUAAGGAGAAAAUCCAGCAGUUUGAAGAUGCCGGUUCAGACGAGGAAGAUAUCUGGGAUGAAAAAGAUGUCACCUUCGCACCAGAGGCCCAGAGACGCCCCAGGAGUUCAGGCAGCACGGACAGUGAGGAAAGCACAGACUCAGAGGAGGAGGAUGUGAAGAGAGAUCCAUUUGAAGCUUCCAACCCAAGCACUGAUGACAGAAUGGAGGUUGACACAGGGCCUGUGUGGACGGCCAAUUUUGAUGACAUCCCCAUGGACACGGGUACGUCCACAGCUCCAGCCUCCAGCCCCAACAACCCUGCUGCCUCCUCCCCUUUGUCCCCCUCUUCCACAGAAGACAUCCCGGAGGCAGGAUGGAGCUCCACGCCCCCUGCCAACUCUGAAACAGGCUGGGCUGAUUUCUCCAACUUCACCCCUGUCAGACCCAAAGACCCUCCAAGGUGCAACUCUCCUGUUGCUAUGGAAACCAGCAUAGAGACGAUGGAUCCUCUGGGGGUCAAUGCUCCCAUGCAGCCGGAAGAUUGUGAUGGCUGGUUGGGUACCAAUGUGGCUUCUCCCUCCUCCACCACACCAAAGGAUUGUGGGAGACCUAAAGCGGAGGAGGAAACAGCUUCUAGUGAGCAGCGCAGCAUCACAGAGACAGUCAUCAAUGGCUCCAUGAAAGAAACGGUCAGCCUCACCGUUGACGCCAAGACUGAGACUGCCGUCUUCAAGAGAGUUUUGAAAUCGUAUCGUGAUGAAGAGAAGAGUGCUUCUUCAGAGAAAUACUCUGUAGUGGAGUAUGUGGACACAGAGAGAACGGGCGUCAACAGCUCAGCCGCAGCCUGCUGUCCCAAAACCGGCAGUGAGAAGUGUCGGUCCACUGUGGAGCUUCCCAAUGGUCCUCUGGAGGAAAUGUCAGCCAUAGAGGAGGCCAAACUGGACCACAGUGCCGUGUCCUCAGAGCCAGCUGUAAACGGGCCGGCGUGAGGGUUGCCUAUGCCAGCCAAUGUCCAGCCUGUUCUGCCAUGCAGGGCCCUCCUCCUGGCCAGCCAGUGGAGGCCACUGCUCAGAGCUGUACCAAUCACACGCCCCCACCAGGACCAGCAAUACUCCCAUUGGCUCAUCACUGACAGAAAGACAGACAGGUGUACAGACACAAAAUGAACUGAAAAGCAAAAUGAGAGACAUACUCAAAUGGAUACAGAAUCUUUUUUUUUUUGCAUUUGUUUAUAUACUAUUGUUCUUAUGAGGUGAUGUGCGACUGAUAUCUUGCCACUCAAAAUUAAAUAGUAAUGUUGCUAUAGUUAAAGAAAUGAUUGUAUGAAUAAAAUAUUUUAUAAAAAGAAAAAUGUAUACAGAAACAUAAGAUGAAUUACCACAGAAACAGGAAUAGCUGAUUGGUGUCUCAACCAACCACUAAGCCGGUGUCACUGGCUGGAUCUGUUAUCCUGCAUACUUAAUACAACAGUUGCUAUAUCUAAAAUUCUCGCCCACCUUUGGUCUGUGUCUCUGAUCUACGAAUUGAAAUACAUUUAAAAGAAAACACGCUUAGUUUUAUUUGGCUGCAGGUCUCAUUUGUAAAUGUUUUUUCUCUUGUAUUCUUAUGAAUUGAGUAAGAUUUGACACGCUUUUUUAGUAGCUUUUUUUUUUAAUUUAUUAUGGAAGUAAGAUGAUGGUUAUUUUUUUUUUUUUUCUAAAGAGCCAUACCACCACCUUGUCCUCUUCUAGCAGGCUGCAUUCAUGCUAACUGGUUUCCUACCUCGCAGCUAGAAGGCCCAACAGGAGAGAGUUUGUUGUCAGUACAGCCUAAACUGGGAGCUGUAAAUAAAUUCUGAGCUUGUCUUUUUAGAACUAACUAAACUUCUUUAGAACCACA